ACCAACUAUCUCAAACCCGCCAAAACUUUCAUUAUUCAAAAAGAAAAAAUAUAACAGUUUUUUCUUUUCAGUGAGAAUGGAUUCAUCGGACCACGGCACUACCUCACACAGACAGCGGCUUACUCUCGGCUUCCUCAUUUCAUUCAUGGCUCUAUGCGCCAAGCGCGCUAGCCGGCUUUCCAAGAAGCUAAAGCCUAAACAAAACAGCUUAGCUUCCGGCACUCCGAGAUUCUACGAGCCGAAAUCGCCUCUGAAGUCUCCGUUGAGAUCGCCGAUGCCGAAGCAACUUUUGGCGACGAUAAGCCACAAAGCGAUCACGCUGGUGACCCGGAAAAAGCUCGGCGGCGGAAACGGGAAACACGUGGAGGAGGAAGAUUACGGGGACGGCGGGGUAUGGCAAAGGGCGAUUUUGAUGGGAGAUAAAUGUCAGCCGUUGGAUUUUUCGGGUGUGAUUUAUUACGAUAACAAAGGGAAUCAACUCGACGAGUUGCCUAUUCGAUCGCCGCGUGCCAGUCCUUUGCCUGCUUACCUCACCCGAAAGGGAGGCUUUGAUUAGGCUACCCGUCAAGGUUGUUUAGUUUACGUAUCUUUUCUUUCUUUCUCUCUUGGUGUAAGCUACGUGUUGCGUUUCUAUUGGUGGUUAUGGUUGAGACCGAUGGUCUCAGGUGACGAACUCGUUUUGCUAAAAAAACCUGUUUUAAAAGAAAAAAUUGCUCUUCUCUAUAAAUUAGUGAGGUAAUUCUGCGUCUAGAAUCUUCUUUUUAUUUUCCACUUGAACGUUUUUGUACAAAGGUUUAGAAAAAAAAAAUUUGGAAAAUUGCAUUGUAGAACUUUUAAUAAUAUAAUGAUUACUUUUAUUUGAUGGAAA